CACCAAGCUACAGAACGUGCGAAAGGGAUAACUUCAGCUUCAUUUUCGGACAAUUAUCCGUUGGCAUCAAUUGGUUCCAGCCCAGUAGAUAAGGAAGAGGGUCGAGCCGGCUCAGAAGACUCCACCGAAAUCGGCAUUAUUUCUACUUCUUCCGAGCAUUAUAAAUCAUCUGAAGCCAUCAAAUCUCACAAAACCAUUGAAGAAAACACUUCUCGUAGUCAUAGCGAUGGGCUACAAAUAAACGCAGAGGACAGUAAAGAAAAGCUUAAUCAUUUAACUACUUCAAACAAAUUGGCGCUUGAGUUAGCUAAGCAAUUACGGAUAAUAGCUAAAGCAUUAAAAACUGCCGAAUACAAAUCCCGGAUAUCUAUGUCUUCAGAGAUUUUUGAGAGGGUUGAAGAGGCAGCACGGGAUUAUCUAGUGAAGUGUGCUCCUUUGAGUUGCAUUCAUGAAAACCCUUUGCACUCCACAGUCGUUCUCACCUCCUUCACCCUUGUGCUGGGAAUGUUGACCAGAGACUGCCAUAUUGUCACGCAAUCCUCCUUUCAUAGGUCUUAUCACAGUCUCUCUAGCCCCGUAAGAUCCGUCCCCUCUCUACCUGGUUUACGUGUUUCACUCGACCCCUGUCACCCAAUCUGUGCUACUCGAGGCGUUAUUCGCCCACCCCUGCGUCUGGGUGACUAA